AUUUCGAGUGUCGCGGCCAUUAAAAAACGGAAAACAUAACCCAGUAUCACACUGGCAAGUUUCAAAAAAAGCUGUGACAGCAUUUGCAUUUUCGCCGGAUUGUCAACAUGUAGCAACUGUAUCUAUAGAUGGUUUCUUACGGAUAAUAGAUUUCAAACAAGAAACUCCUGAUGGCAAAUAUAUAUUGACAGGUGGUCAAGAUGAUCUGGUCACUAUUUGGGCUUUUCGAGAACAGCGUAUCGUAGCUCGAUGUCAAGGCCAUCAAUCUUGGGUUACCGGUGUGUCUUUCGAUCCUUGGCGAUGCGAUGAACGUAAUUAUCGCUUCGGUUCGGUUGGUGAGGACACGAAGUUAUUACUAUGGGAUUUUAGCGUAAAUGCAUUGCACAAGCCAAAGCACGCGGGUAGUCAUCGAAGAGCUAGUCUUGCUUCACAGUCACAUGCGACAAGCAUUGUUUUACGACGUAAUUUGGCUGAACGUGAAAUUCUAAAAAACACGGUUCAUCCAUGUCUACCUAGGUCUGAAGUUGCGAUUCUUCAGCCAGUCAUGGAUAAAUCCAUUGAUGACGAUCCACUUUGUUCAAUAACAUUUCGCGAAGAUUGCAUAAUAACUUCAUGCAGAAAGGGACAUAUAAAGUUAUGGGCUCGACCGUAA